AGGAUGAACACAGUGCUCAAACAGUUCGGGAACAAAGUCAUCACCAUCAAGCCGAUGGUGAAGAAGAUCCCAGUACUGCUGGCUGAUAGGGAUAAAGGAGUGAGGGAUGAAAUGAAAGCGCUGGUCGUUGAGAUGCACAGAUGGAUCGGCGGUGCUAUAGAACCACACAUCGCCACUCUUCAAGCCGUAGUGCAACAGGAAUUAAGGGACUCCUUUACGACGGGAGGCGCCCAGCCCACCAGAUACUUGAGGUCGCAGCAACACAGAGUGAGGGACACGCCCGCCGCGGACACGGGAGAUGGUGCCGUUGAAGACGAUGAUGUGGACGCUGCGGCCGGCGACACCGCCGACAUGGACCCCUACGACCUCCUCGACCCCGUCGAAAUCCUCUCCAAACUACCUAAAGACUUCUACGACAAACUGGAAGCGACCAAGUGGCAGGAGCGAAAGGAGGCGCUAGACGCUUUGGAUAAUAUUCUGAAGACUGCUCCGAGAUUGGAACCGGGAGAUUAUGCAGAUUUAGUCAGGGCCUUAAAGAAGGUGAUAUCAAAAGACAGCAACGUCAUGCUGGUCGCUCUCGGAGGCCGCCUUCUCGCCGCCGUAGCAUCAGGGCUCCGGAACAAGUUCCAGCCAUACGCUACAGCGUGUGUGCAGGCCAUACUAGAGAAGUUUAAGGAGAAGAAAACUAAUGUUGUGACCGCGCUGAGAGAGGCUAUAGACGCUAUUUAUCCUGCUACGAAUCUCGAGGCCAUAAUGGAGGACAUGCUAGCCGCAUUCGACAAUAAAAACCCGUCGAUCAAGGCCGAAAGCGCAGUCUUCCUUGCGCGCGCCCUCACCGUGACACAGCCCGCCGCCUUCAACAAGAAACUCGUCAAGGCAUACGUCGGGGGACUGCUUAAACUCAUGGAGAGUGCCGACCCGGCCGUACGCGAGGCCGGGGCCGAGGCGCUGGGCACGGCCACUAAGCUGGUCGGCGAGAAGAACAUCGCGCCGCACAUCGGCAAGUUGGAACCGCUGAAGGAGCAGAAAAUUAAGGAGUAUGCUGAUAAGGCGGAGAUCAAAGUGAAAGUGGCAGGCCCCAAGAAGGAGGCGAAGGGCAAGACGGCCGCGGCGUCAGCACGCGGCGACCAGCCCGCCAAGCCGGCUCAGGCCGCGCAGCCCAAGACGGCCAGGAAACCUGCGCCAGGUGCAGCUAAGAAGGCCGGCGGCGCGAAGAAAGCGCCAGCUCGCGCGCAACCCAGCCCGCCGCGAGAAAUGGAGCUAUCCCAAGAAGAGGUUGACGCCAGGGCCGAAACUUUAUUGUCUGCCGACAUAGUUUCAGGUCUCGGCGACGGCAACUGGAAGACCCGGCUGACGGCUACGCAAGGCUUCCACACCACCGUCCAAGGCCUGACGGCCGAGGACGCACCCGCGCAGGUUUUGUACCGCAUACUCAACAAGAAGCCUGGCCUGAAGGACACGAACGUGCAAGUCAUGAAGGCUAGAUUAGAAGCCUGCAAGUAUAUUACGGAGAACUUCCCUAUUUCCACCACGGCAGCAGACUUCGUCCUGCACGACGUAGUGGCCAAGCUCGGCGAAACUUCCUGCGCGUCCAUCGCCACCGACUGCCUCACAUCGCUUGCCGACGCGUGUGGCUUCGAACACGUGCUCAACGAAGGAUUGGGUUACGCUAUGGACUCGCAGAAGAAUCCUAAAGUACAGUCUGAGAUGUUUAACUGGAUGUGCAGUGCUAUCAAGGAGUUUGGAUGCACAAUGAAAAUCCAAUCGAUCGUAGCACAUUCAAAGAAAGCACUCAGUGCGACCAACCCCAACGUGCGAACCUCCACCGUGAACUUCCUCGGCAUACUGUCUUUGUAUGUGGGUCCGUCGCUCAUCACCCACUUCGACAGCGAAAAACCGGCCACUAAGCAGCUUAUUACGUUGGAGAUGGACAAAUAUGCCAAUAGUUCACCACCUACGCCUACAAGACAGCCUGGGAAAGUUAGCAAGUCUGCAAGUAAAGGAUCCGUAGGCGAUGACCUAGACGAGCCAUACGAGGAAGAAGAACCAGCGGUAGUGGAAGACAGCCGCUCGCGCACAGACAUAGCACCGCUCAUCACGGAUGCACUCGUCGCUGAGAUCAACGACAAGAACUGGAAGGUCCGCAACGAAGCUCUCGACAAGUUAAAAGCCAUCAUCACGAACACCUCACCCAUCAAACCGACCCUAGGCGAGCUGCCGCCCGCUCUAGUCGCUAGGUUGCUGGAUUCCAACUCCAAGUUGGCUCAGAGCGCGCUACAGAUCUGUGAGCAACUUGCAAACGCUAUCGGGCCGAAAUGCAAGACUCAUGUUAGGACGUUCUUCCCUGCCUUCUUCCAAGCAUUCGGUGACAACAAGCAAUGGAUCCGCACGGCGGCCGUGGCCUGCGUGUCCACGUGGUGUGCGACCGCCGGCCCGCACGUGCCGUUCGAUGGAGAGAUGGUCCUCGACGCACUCAAAGCCGGCUCUCCUGUGCUGAGGGCUUCGCUGCUGCAGUGGCUGGCGGAGCAUUUGCCCAACGUGCCUCCAAAAUCGUUCCCCCGUGAGGAAUUAUCAGCCUGUCUGCCCACUCUGUACGCGUGCAUCGAGGACCGCGCCGCCGACGUGAGGAAAGCAGCCGGGGACUGCGUGCUGCCCUUCAUGUUGCAUCUGGGGUACGACUCUAUGCAUAAACAACUCGAGAAACUGAAGCCGGCCUCGAAGCCGGUCGUGCAAGCGGCGCUGGACAAGGCGCGGCCCAGCCUGCCCGUGCAGCCGCUGCCCAGCAAGGGCAAGAAGGAGGAGGCGCGCGGCCUCAAGACUGCCGGCGCUCUCAAGAAGGACGCCGAGAAGAAGGGCGCCGCUCCUGCUAAGGGCAAGGGUCCGGUCAAACCAGCAUCGGCGUCCAGCCGCGGCAAGAAAGACGACGACGACCUCACUCCGCUGCUGCCGCAGAACAACGCCAAGAACCAGCGCAUCAUUGAUGACCAGAAACUUAAAGUACUGAAGUGGAACUUCACAGUGCCGCGCGAGGAGUUCUUUGAGCUGCUGAAGGAUCAGAUGGCGACCGCGGGGUUGAACAAGCAACUGGUCGCCAACAUGUUCCAUAAUGAUUUCAGAUAUCACCUAAAAGCCAUAGAAUCCCUCUCGGACGACCUCCACGAGAACGGGCCGGCGCUCAUGUGCAACCUGGACCUUGUUCUAAAAUGGCUGACGCUACGCUUCUUCGACACCAACCCCUCCGUCAUCCUCAAGGGGCUGGAGUACCUCGCUACGGUGUUCCAGUUCCUGAGUGAUAAUGAUUAUACCAUGGCUGAGUAUGAGGCUAAUUGCUUUAUACCGUAUUUGAUAUUGAAGGUCGGAGAUCCCAAGGACACCAUCCGCAACAGCGUCAAAGCCCUGUUCAAGCAGAUUUGCGUCGUCUAUUCCGUCACGAAGCUCUUCGGGUACCUAAUGGAGGGCCUGAAAUCAAAGAACGCUAGACAAAGAGCCGAAUGCCUGGAGUGUAUCGGAAGCCUGAUCGAGACUUACGGCUGGACGGCGAUGUCUCCAUCAGGCACGGUAGCGUUAAAAGAACUCGCACGACAUAUCGGAGACCGUGACAACGCCGUCCGCUCCGGCGCGCUCAACUGCGUCGCUUGCGCUUACUUCCUGGAGGGAGAGAAGAUCUACAAGAUGAUUGGACAGAUCUCGGACAAGGACCUGUCGCUCCUCGAGGAGCGAAUAAAGCGAGCGAGCAAGAAUCGCAGCGCGGAGAUUCGCAGGUCGAUGGUCGUGCCGCUCUCGGCGACGGGGCGGCCUAUACAACAGCAGGCAGAGGAAAUGGAACCCCCGAUCGAGGAAGAACCACCGCAGCAAGAGGAAUAUGAGGAGGAGGAAGAGGAGGAACCCGCUCCUCCACCGCCGUUGAGACCUGUGGCCACACGCGUCAUCACCGGGCCGUUCGGUCUGGACCCGGAGUUGAUCGCCAAGCUGGACGCCGCCGUGCCCGUGCUGCGCCGCCCGGAGCUGCCCGAGCACGACCUCAAGUUCCUCGACGAGCCCAUCCCCGUGCGGCCCAACAAACCCCUCACACAGACUGUGGCACCCGCCAGCAUGGUGCUCACGUCGCCGCACCAUACAGCGCCGCACCCGCUAGUAACACCGCAGCCACCCACCGUGGACGACUCGCUGCUCGCCGACACCAUACACUCCAUCGCCAGUCCGGACUUGAACGCCGCGAUCCGAGCGAUGUCGCUAAUCUCGAACGCCAUAGCGUCCGGGCGCGGCGCGGCGUUGGGCGCGCAUGAGCAGCGGCUGGUGGCGGCCGUGGCCGCGCAGAUCCGGCGCCUGCGCACCUCCGCGCGGCCGCCGCUGCAGACGCUGCCCGCCUACAAGUGCAUCGCGGGGGCGCUCAUUGCGUUCUACGAGUCCGGCGGCUGCGGGAUGAACGUAGACUCCACCGCCCUCUGUUCCCUGCUCUGCGAACUACUUCGUCUAUUAGGCGGCGGCGCCGUAGCCACAGGACCGGACGGGGAGCGACUCGUGCGCAUACUCAACAACGUCUGCGUCAGAGUAUUAGAACACUCGCCGCGGACACAACUGCUAUGUGCCAUCGUGUCCCUCCUCCACGAAUCCAUCGGCGUGACGGACCCCGCUUACCCCCGCUACCAAGACCUGCUCCUCAAAUGCUUCUGGAAGACCCUCAAGAUGAUCUCCACGUGGGACGUCAACUCGAUCGAUUAUGAUGCCGUGUUGUACAAGAUACAUCUGUUCUAUAAGGCGUAUCCGAAUAGUUAUUGGAAGAAGAAUCCCGACAUCAGCGACACUCCGUACAGAACCGUAAAAACGCUGGUGCACACUCUAGUCAAGAUGAAGGGCGGGUCCAUCACCAGCCACCUCACGCAGAUCCCCGACGUCAACGACUCUGACCUCUACCCCUAUCUGUUGAAAGUACUCAAGCAAUUAAAACUAGACGAGAAGAAAGAAAACACGCCGGACGCCCUAAACGGCGCGUCACUACUACAAUCCAUGACGGGCAACUCAGCGCCGCUGAGCGCGACUUCGAGGCUACCUCGCGCUGUUCACGAGGAACUGGCGCUGAUACUGAAGCGUAUAGGCAGCAAGGAGCACAAUAGCGAAGCCCUCGCUCACCUUUACGACCUCCGCGAGCGGCACCCAGAAGUGGACAUCUGGACGUUCAUGCAAGGUUCUUCGUUCUACUUCCGCAACUACGUAGAGCGCGGGCUGCGCGAGGUCGCCGAACAGAGGAAAAUGAACUCUAUGCCCAUGUACAAACACGACUACAAAUCGGAAAACAUUGAUAUUAGUAACGAAACGGAGGAGAAAUCUCAUUUAGUAUUCAUGGAGCGAUUAAGAGCUUUGCAGGCAAAAGCGGGCAUGAAGACAGAGUCAGCGCCCACAUCGCAACCACGCACGCCGGUGGACAACCGCGGGCUGCAGGACUCCAUCAUCGAGCACAGCCUGCCGCGCGCACACAGCAUUGACCCGCAGCUAGAGCUCCACUCGACGCAGGCGAUGUCGCACAAGAACGAGGCGGCAGUAGACGCGCUCCGCCUCAAACUGCAACAAAUCAAAAGCUCCUCCAAGAGAUAAGGACGCCGCGCUCUCUCCAGGCAGCUCUCUGAACCCGGCGUUACGGUUAACCUUUACAACGUCUCGUCUAUACGUGAAGUACAAACAAUAACACCGUCUGUUGUUAACCUCGUCAAAAUCCGUUAGAAAAAUUAUUUUUUAACAAGCAGAAACGUCUGCGAACGAUGAUAUUAAUUAGAAUAAAUUCAAAAGUGGAAAGUGGCUGGCUAUGGAUUAGGUCUUGGUGGCUUGGUUGGCAGAGCGCCGGAGUAUCCAGAGCGAUCCAGAGGCCGUGAGUUCAAGUCUCACCCAAGACAGUAAUUUUUCCACUUUUGAAUUUAUCCGUUAGAAAGUAAAUCUAUAGAAAAUGCGUGAGUUAAAGUCGAACUUUUUGCGCUUCUUGAGUUUUCAUGUCACUAGUCACCAUUCUCGUGCCACGAUGGCGUAUUAAAGGUUAAUCUUCUUAUCGAUAUUAGAUUGGCAAUCUUGUAAAAAGCAUUACCCCUUUCAGACCUGCAAUACUUGUUAAAGCGAACUGAAAAUGAAAUCUAGUGACAUUAAAAUUGACAGUUCGAUGCAGAUGUGCACAAAUUGGAUGGGUCUGAAUGGGGUGGAAGAAGUACUUGUUGUCAUUGUGUGAGUAAAAAUAUUUUGAACUGUUGUUUUUAAACAUGCAUGUUAAAUUUGUUAUCGAAAUGACCACAAGACAUCACAAAAUAUAGAUUGCCUACCUUCAUUCAAAUCGACAAUACGAAACAUGACAAUUUCAUGGACCCACAUUCAAUUUCUUAGUUAGUUCCUAUCGACCUUAGUAUUAAUUAUCUUAUAAAAGGCCUAUGUGUUUGGAAUUGGAAAUGUUAGCGUCCACGACUUAAUGAACGUUUGCGCAUGACGUGAAAAACAGCCUAUACAGGGUAAAAUAUGCUUCAGACGUGCGUAAUACGGUUCAUUUUUCAUUGAAUAAACAAAUGAAUUGUCUGUGUAAAUGAACUAAAUUUUUUCAGUUGUGACAUUGUUCGUUAUCCAU